AUGCCUGUUAUUCCCGAUUCAUCUGACUUUCCGUCAGCCUCAACGAAGGGAGGCAACAAGUCCGAAAACAAAUCAGGGGAGCAACGAGAGAAAGCAUCGGCCAUAGACCACCUGUCAAAGGGCCCUCAUAUCCCAGACAGUGAGAAAUCAGUUCGUCAUGCACGUGAUCUCGCGACGGCUUUCAAGGGCGUGUGGCCACCCUUCAUCAACGCGUCAAAAAGGGCUCCUCAUGCCACCGGAACGAACGAACGUGCCGGUGAAGCUGUCUCUGCCGCUGGUAAAUGCCUUUCUAUCUUACGACUUUUGACGCUUGUUGCUAACGACCUCCAAAUCCAGCAAUACCAGCAGGACAUCUUCACCGAACUACGCGCCGAGGAUGAGCUGGUUAUCCUGGCUCGCGGCCUGGGGCUGCUUCACCUCGUAACGAAUCUCCUUCAUUUCUAUGAUGCAGCGGGCAAUAAUCUGGUAUUGGUGGUGGGUGCGGAUGAUCGCGAAAAUGAGUGGAUCGGAGAGGCAUUAGCGGAGCAUUAUGCGAUUAGUAGGACCCCGCUUGCACGGGGGUUGAAGGUCGUCAAUACGGAAAGGGCCACAGUACCGAUGCGAGAGCGAAUCUAUGCCGAAGGCGGUAUUCUGAGUGUAACGUCCAGGAUAUUGGUUGUAGAUUUGCUAUCAAAGCUUCUUGAUCCCGAGAAAGUCACGGGGAUGAUCAUUCUGCAUGCUGAUAAGGUUCUGGCAACGUCUCUGGAGGCAUUUAUAACUCGCAUCUACCGGCAGUCAAAUAAGCGAGGGUUCUUGAAGGCGUUUUCAGACUCUCCCGAGCCCUUCACGACUGGAUUCGCCCCGCUCGCUAAUAUGCUGCGGAAUCUCUUCCUUCGUAAAGCAUCUCUAUGGCCUAGAUUCCAUGUCUCUGUGGCUGAAGCUUUGGAAGGUAACCGAAAGGCCGAGGUUAUUGAACUGGAGGUUCCAAUGAGCGCGAAAAUGAGAGAAAUCCAAAAUUCCGUCCUUGAGUGUGUGGAGAUUAGCAUUGGCGAGCUCCGGAAAUCUAACACGGGGUUGGACAUGGAGGAGUGGACGUUGGAUAGUGCCUUGCACAGAAACUUCGAUGUUUCGAUUCGACGACAGUUAGAUCCCAUCUGGCAUCGCGUGACCUUUAGGACGAGGCAGAUCGUCAGCGAUCUGACUGAUCUUCGGGGCAUUCUGCAUGCUCUGCUCACCUACGAUGCGGUGUCUUUUAUGAAAUACCUAGACACAAUUGUGUCAGCGCACUCGCCCCCUCCAGGAUCCAACAAACACAGCUAUUCCCCCUGGCUUUUCCUUGAUGCUGCCCAUGUUCUUUUUCAAACAGCAAAAUCGCGAGUAUAUCAGGGCAAAAUCAACGACGAGAUGUCCCGAGCCUGGUCAUCAACUAGAUUUUCGACAGAGUUGCAGCCCGUUCUUGAACCUCUUCCUAAGUGGGAGGUCCUCACAGAGGUCCUUGGGGAAAUAGAGCAGGAUGCCUACUUGAACCCAGCGAGCACAGAAGACUCCAACGGAACGAUAUUGAUUAUGUGCAGUGACCAACGCACCUGCCGUCAGCUUCGAGAAUACAUUGGCACUAUGCAUGCCAAAGUCAACCAUGCGUCACGCAUGGAUCAUGAGGGCGAUGAUGAUGAAUCCUCCGCAGAAGUGAUGAUGCGACGUCGAUUGCGAGACUAUCUUAACUGGAAACGGUCAUUGUCUAAUGUUAACAAGAACCUAUCCCAUACCGGAGAAGGGGAAAGGCGUGCAGAAUCAGCAAGGCCGGGCCAGCAACAGGGCAGACCUCCUCCCAAUAAACGUCGCCGGGUACGUGGAGGAGGUGCAGUGAACUCAGCCUCCGGUCGGGUGCCAGACAGCAGUGUCCAAACAGAGGUCGAGUUACCGGCGCAAGUCCUUAGCCUACUCGAGGAAAUUCAGCCCACCGAGGCCGAAGAAAUACAAAAGGAGGAGAUCGUUGUUGACGACCUCGAGGAUAUGGAGGAUUUUUACGAACUUUACGAAAUGAAUGACCUGGUCAUGAUACACCCAUACGAUGGCGACAUGGAUGAGCACAUCUUGGAGGAGGUUCGACCUCGGUAUAUCAUCAUGUACGAGCCGGAUGCAGCAUUUAUCCGCCGGGUUGAAGUUUAUCGCAGCUCUCAUGUGGGCAGGAAUGUGAAGGUGUAUUUUCUCUCUUAUGAAGGCUCUGUCGAGGAGCAGCGGUACUUGAGCGCCGUGCGGCGGGAGAAAGAUGCCUUCACGAAGUUGAUUAAGGAGAAAGCAAAUAUGGCGGUUACUUUGACGCAUGACAAACGCGCCGAAGACCCACAAGAACAAUUCCUGCGUACAGUCAACACUCGCAUUGCAGGAGGUGGAAGGCUCGCAGCGACGGCAGCUCCUCCACGGGUAGUGGUUGAUGUGCGCGAGUUUCGAAGCGCUCUCCCAUCCCUCCUGCAUGGCAACAACAUGAUUGUCAUCCCCUGUCAACUGACCGUGGGUGAUUACGUUCUCACGCCCGAGAUUUGCGUAGAGCGCAAGUCCAUUCGCGACUUGAUCUCUUCUCUUCGUAACGGCCGCCUCUACAAUCAGGCUGAGACAAUGGUUCAACACUACAAGAACCCGCUUCUUCUAAUUGAGUUCGACCAGAACAAAUCUUUCACGUUCGAUGCUUUUGCAUCCAUCUCCACAGGCACAACUUUCUUGACCGACUACGGGUUCUCCUCCAAGGGACAAGCGACCAGCUCAAGUACCAGUGCACUCGCCAAUCCCUCCAACCCGAAAUCGGCACAACAUUUAUUGGUUCUGCUUACGCUCGCCUUCCCACGGCUGAAAAUAAUCUGGUCCUCAUCGCCUUACCAAACGGCUGAAAUAUUUGCCGAGCUCAAGAAGAAUGCCGCCGAGCCGGAUCCUCUCCAAGCUGUACAAAUCGGGCUAGACAUUGACAUUUCGGGAUCUUCAUAUCCUGGUGAUAUCAUGGCCGCAGCUGGAAUCGAGCACCGGACAUUUAAUCUUCUCCCGCAGGAUAUGUUGCGGGCUGUGCCAGGGGUGACACCCCAAGCCCUCGACAGGCUUAUUAUUGAGACCGAAAACCUGCAUGAAAUCGCCAAUAUGGAAGUGGAGCAGCUGGACCCGUUGGUUGGCAAAGAAGCUGCCCGAAAUAUUGUUGCAUUCUUCCGAAAGAGUGUCUUCGACGAUUGA